GUUGCCUACGCUGCAUUUUCACGUUGCAACAUCCGGUUUACUAUCUACAUGCUGUUUAAGCUUCCGUAGUUACUGUUUUGGUAGCAUAGACAACGUGCACUGUGCGAUUUCUAGAAGUCUGACAUUGGUAAAUCGUAUGUUGUUAGUGCUUUGGACAGAAUUUCGUUGACAUUUGGCACUAAGCAAUCAGGAGCUGGACAGCAGAGAAUGUAGGUUAAUGUAGAUGUAACAAUAGUUCCUUGGGGUAUGCAACUAUGAGUUCUCCAAACAAAUCAUUGGAAUUGCAGUUACAGAUGAAACAAAAUACAGAGGAAUUGCAGGAUUUUAUGAGAGACCUAGACAACUGGGAGAACGAUAUCAAAAGGAAGGAUGAAGAGCUCAGGGGAGGCAGUGCACUUCCUGCAGAAACUGAAUUGCCACCAGUUCGCAAUAAGGAUUUUAAGAAAACAAAGAAGCACAAAAUUAAAUCACGUAAUAAGGAUUCCCUGAAUGGUGCAAAGAAAGCAUCAAGAAUAAAAUCAUGGGAUUAUAAAGCUUGGGACAGACUUGAUGUGGACAAAGUGCUUGAUGAACUUGACAAAGAAGAUAGCACCCAUGAAUCAGUCUCUGAUGACUCCAUUUCUGAGGAUGAUGGGAUUCGGGUAGAUUCAGAAAAGGCCCUUGCUGAAAAAGAAAAGGGUAAUAUAUACUUUAAAAAAGGGAAGUACGAUGAAGCCGUAGAAUGUUACACCAGGGGAAUGACAGCUGAUCCAUUCAAUCCAGUGUUGCCAACAAACAGAGCAACUGUAUUCUAUAAAAUGAAAAAGUAUGCCGUUGCUGAAUCAGACUGUAAUUUAGCAUUGGCCUUGGACAGGCGACAUAUAAAGGCGUAUUUAAGAAGAGGUGCUUGCCGCAUUUCUCUUGGAAAACUAGAAGAUGCAAAAGAAGAUUAUGAGAAAGUUUUAGAGCUGGAUGCUGAUAACUUUGAUGCCAAAACUGAGCUGAAGAAAGUAAAUGCAGCUUUGGCAACAAAAGCACCUCCACAGGAAAAGGUAUGUGAAGAGCCCAAGAAAAGUCCCGAAGUAGAUGAAGAAGAAAAAGCGCGUCUCAGUGAAGAGCAGCAGAAACAGAGAGCUGUAUCCCAGAAAGAUUUGGGAAAUGCGUAUUUUAAGGAAGGAAAAUAUGAAGCAGCAAUCCAGUGCUAUACAGCUGGUAUUGAAGCAGAUGCCACUAAUCCACUUUUACCUGCUAACAGGGCAAUGGCCUAUCUGAAAGUUCAGAAAUAUGAAGAAGCAGAAGCUGAUUGUUCUCAAGCCAUAGCUCUAGACAGCUCUUACUGCAAAGCAUUUGCUCGAAGAGGAACUGCACGGGUAGCACUAGGAAAACUAAAAGAAGCUAAAGAAGACUUUGAAAUGGUGUUGAUGUUGGAAUCUGGGAACAAACAAGCACUAACUGAACUUGAAAGAAUAAACAAAGAAUUAUAUGCCAAAAGUACACAAGAUAAUAUUUCCUCAGAAUCACAAAAAACAGAAGAGGUUCAGCAGAGGAUUGUAAAGGCCAUUGACAAGCCACUACAUCUUAGAUCUACUAAACCUCUUAGAAGAAUAGUUAUUGAAGAAGUAGGUUACGAGAUGCAAAAUACUGACUUGGCAGAAACAGUUGCACCUCCAGUGACUGACAGAGUUACACCUGUAACCUUGACUUCUCCACUGGCCAAUGUAACAGAAAAUAGUUUAAAAGAAAGUGACACUACACCAGAAUCUGAAGCUCGAAGUGCAAAAAUUCCCAAGACAGAAGAGAUCACUCAUACUUCAUUAAAAAACAAUGAUGGGGUAAUUCCUAACAGAGAACACAUGCAAAGCAUUGCAGACAGGCCUGAAGAUUUUUCAUCAGAGCAGAGAUUAGCAGCGUUAUCACCUGUUCAGUCCAUCAACAUUCCACCUGUGCCUUCAAAUUAUUUCCAACUGGAAGCAGAUUUGAGAAUGCUAAAAUGUUACCCAGACAUGAAGUGCAAGUACCUUAGGCAAAUAGAGCCUUCCGUCUAUCCUGAAAUAUUUCAGAAGUCUUUAGAGCCUGACGUUUUUAAUCAGAUUAUGGACAUUCUUCACCAGUCAUUCACUGGGAAUGAAGACUCAUCAGUCAUCUUUGAAAUUCUUAGAAGCUUAUCAGAAGUAAAACGAUUUGACAUGGCAGUGAUGUUCAUGUCUAGCUCUGAAAAAAACAAGGUUCAAGCAUUAUUUGAUCGUGUUCUAAAUUCAGGAAUAGAAGAAGCUUCUGUGAGAGGUCUUAUGAAGAAAUAUGGCUUAUAAUGAUAUGUUAAUAUAUUUAUUUUAUUCAGGUGCUCAAUAAAGGUUACAGUAUUUUUGACAGAAAGUAUUAUGUUUAACGAGAUGUACCUUAAGAAAUGUCAAAUUACACUGUGAGCGGAUUUCUUAGAAUUACCAUUUUUAACAACUUAUUUUGAAUUGUGGAUGCCUAUUAAAUAUUCCCCAUGGUCUGAA